CGCAGGCAAAAAAGCUGCGCUUCAAUCCAGGUGAGGGCAGCAGAGAUUCAUUUUCAUCAACGGCCUGCGCAAAGCGCAUGAAGCGUGUGUCUGGCAAGAUAUCAGGAUCGACACGAUGUCUCCAACAUUUUGCCCAUACUGCUGCAACUGUCUCACCAUCGCUCGGUCUGCACCCACUGUCCAGGAUCCUCAAGGACUGAAUGCCUUUACCUGUCGAACCUGUCCCUACCAGUUCAUCUUGGACCAGUCCUACUAUGAACGCGCAUACAUGAAGCAAAAGCAAAAAGACGACAUCAUAGGCGAAGAGCAGUCGGACUUGCCCAUCAAUGAGGUGCCUGGAGGUUGUCCAAAUGAAAAAUGUGACUCUAAGCAAGCCUACUUCUAUCAACUGCAGACAAGAAGUGCAGACGAACCGCCCACCUCUUUCUUCAAGUGCGUUGAAUGUUCGAAACAAUGGAGAGAAUACUGAGCGCAUGCAAACAACGACUCAUACCUCGCCAUCUAAUGCAAGUUCAUGUAUGAUGUCCUUGUUGUGAGUCACUACAGAACUCAAGCCCCUGCGGCCUCGAACGUCCACGUUCACAGGGUCAAAUCUAUGACUCCGACAACGACCCUAUCAACACCAUGUUGACUCAGUCCAAGUUGAGGCAUUCGACUCGAACCCGAAAAUUUUAGGUUCCCCAAUUCAGAUCAAGAAUUGUGAAUAUCCAAUUGGUGCAAAUUAACCACCAGGCAAGCGACAACACACGGCUCCCCAGCAACAGCCCAUGUGCAAGCUUUUUACACGUAACAACGGAGGAGGACUGUUCAGCCUCUAGAAAAGAGCAGUGGCCAGUUAGCGAGCAGGAUAAGGCAGGGUGGCGUUGCAUCUAGUGGGGCAGGUGAUGAAUUUUGGGCCGCAAACCGUGCAAGGAGGAGAAAUGUCAGAUUUUUAGAGCUGGACUGUUGAUAGUAGAUAGUAGGUUGAGCCAGGCGGGCAGCGGCCGGAGGGCCCCUCCAGCCCCUCCAUCGCCCAAUUGCCGCCACCUUGGUCCCGUU